AGAGCGGAAGUUGACGGGCGAUAGAGCGCAGUAGGACCAGGCGGAAGUGCUGCCCUGCUAGGUACGCAGUGUGUGUUUUGGGAAGCUGUGGCCUGCCUGGCGCUCUUGGUCGGUUAGUGAGCGCGGGAUUCCGAGACGUUGGCUCCGGGGAGCAGGUUGUAGUGAACACAAACCAUGCACAGGUCCCAUUUCCGCUCCCCGAGCAGCCCGCUCCAUGGUGGUGGAGGGAGCCCCGGCUCCUUUCGCAGUCCGCCACCCUAUGUGGUCAAUCCGGGCGCUGGGAUGCUGCCUCCUCCGCUGCCAAACUGGGGCUACGGGAGCCCCCACACCCCGCCCUUCGGGCAGAGGCCGCACAGGCCUUAUGGCAGCGGAGGAGGGGGUCAGUCCCCGCGAUCAGCCUCCGGGGGAGGGCAGAACUACCACGGCGGGAGGUAUGGCGGCCAGUCCCCGGGAGACACCCGGAGGCCAAGCCCUCGGUAUAACUCGUCCCCUUACAAUUCACCAGGAGGAGCAGGAAACACGAACCACCAGCACCACCACCACCAGCAGCAGCAUCAUCAUGGCAGAGGCUACUCCUCUCCCAGGCAGCCGAUGGCAAGCUACCAGGGUUCACCCAGGACUUCUACACCAUUUGGUACAGCGCAUGGCAGAGGGAAAAGAGUGUCUAAUGAUGUGGAAAAGUAUUACAGACCUUCAAUGCUUGAGGACCCAUGGGCUAAUCUAAAGCCAAUAUCCCUUUCAGAUAUAAACCAAACCAACAACACAGAGCAGACAACAUAUACUGGUAAAAAGGGACGGUAUUUUAGUUAACACCCACAAAAAGUAAUAUUUUCCUGGGUAGACCUAAAUCCCACAAAUUGUAAAGGACACAAUUCAGAACCUUUUUUUUAUUUGACAGAUUCUGUCUUUUAUCAGAUUUAUUUUUUUAUCACAUCAGAUGUCAGUCUGUAAUGUUUUGGAAGUGUUGAGCUCCACUAUAUUAUAUAAUCAGGAAGAAUACACCAGCAAUCAAGAACAAUUUGUUCUAUGAUCACCAGCGUUUCAUUUGUGACUGUUGUCUUCAGGUCUCAGAUUCCAAGACUCUCUUAAAUCUUCUGUGUUAUUUAGGCUUACGAUAAAGUCUAUUUUUUACCGUUUCUUCCAUUAUUAUAUGGGAUUUAUUUUUAAGCUGUUUAGCUGGAUUAUAUACAAUAUAAGUUUGUAAUUCUUUAUGCUACAAGCAUGUCAUUUGUAGAUAAUUUUCAGAGGAAUUAUAAUUUUUGUGUAGGGCCAGUAUAUCUGACCUACUCAAAAUGUAAAUAUGUCAAUGUGUCACCCUCAAUAAUAUUCUGUACCUAGGUAUCUUUUUGUGUAAGGUAUUUUUUUUUUUUUUUUUUUUAGCACCGAUGCUUAUUAAAAAAAUAUAAAAAAAAAAAAUUGUGUGCGUUUGUGAAUUCAAAUUAUUGUAGAACCCAACAUGACAACCUAUAAAUCGUUUGGAGAUUUAUUCACUAAAUAUGAAAUUGUAGUGAAACUGAGUUGCAUUAUUUGGAGGUGUGAUGGCUUUAUUGGAAAUAUAAGAUAAGAGUGUUUUUUGCUGCUGUCUU